AUGUUUGCAAACGAGCCCGCAACGAGGAAAAGGAAAGGCGCUUCUGGAGGCUUAGCUCAGCAGCUGAGACCCCGCAGAGGUAGGGGGAGGGCGCGCAGGAAACCAGGCACAGCAGGUCUCCGGGCGCCGUGGGUGGCAGCCUCGUUACCAAGCGUCAACUGGUUGUUAAGCAACCGGGUCUCGACAGCACCCCAGGCGGCCGCAGCUGUUGCAGGUAGGGAGUCCAAACCGCGUAACCGGGGCAUCGUCCCCGGGCCUGCCCAGCCGCGGCAAGACUCCUACCCCGAGGCACCUCAGCCCCCGGAAACCAGACACCGCCCCCAACCCGGCAGGGGAGACUCCAGCCCAAACCCCGAGGAACGCCCCCAGCCCGCAGCCGCGAGACCCCGGCCACGACCCCGUAACUGGGCACCGCCCCAGCCCGGCGGCCGCGAGACCCCACCUGGCAAGGAACUCCCGCCUCCAAGCCCCAGAAUCCCAGCACCCCGCAGGCCGGCCAGCCGAGCCACCCCCUUCCCGGAGCCCCGGCCCCGGCCCGGGUCCGCGAGCCCGCAGUCCUGGGGCACCCUGCCCCCUCCACCCGUCAGGCCGCUCCCGGCUCGCCGCUGGCGGGCACUCACUCGGGGAGGCCGACUCGCGUCUCGGAGACACCCGGCGCCCCAGCGAGGCGCUUCGCGGGGGGACGAGGUCGCGGCGGCCGCUCGGCGCGGGAACUGUGUGACAAGUCAGCCGGCUUGA